UCCAAACUGAGGACAUUUUCUUAUCUCUUACUCUCAAGCAGCGGCUAGAGAGGACCGUCUGAUCAUGAAGCCCAGAGCACAAACAGUGGGAGUUCCUCUUGCUCAGCAUGACACGGUCCACUGAGACCAUGGAUCCCGAGAGAGCGCACACCCAGAGCAACUUCUUCAACAAGGUGGAUGUGCCCGACCACGCGCAUUAUGUGGUGGCCUCGUUUGUCCUGGUCAUCGGCACGCUGGGCGUUGCAGGCAACGCGUUGGUCAUGUUUGCGUUCUACAGCAACAAAAAGCUUCGCAGCUUGCCCAACUACUUUAUUGUGAACCUGGCAGUAAGCGAUUUUCUCAUGGCCUUCACACAGUCACCAGUCUUCUUCAUCAACAGCCUCUACAAGGAAUGGGUGUUUGGAGAGAUGGGUUGUAAGACGUAUGCAUUCUGCGGUGCCUUGUUUGGCAUCGCCUCCAUGAUAAACCUGCUGGCCAUCUCUAUCGACCGCUACUUGGUGAUUACCAAACCGCUGAAGACCAUCCACUGGAGCUCCAAGAGAAGGACCACUCUGGCCAUCUUCUCCGUCUGGCUGUACUCGCUGGCCUGGAGUCUGGCUCCUCUCGUUGGAUGGAGCUCUUACAUCCCAGAAGGUCUGAUGACAUCAUGCACUUGGGAUUACGUCACAUAUACAGCAGCCAACAGGAGCUACACCAUGAUGCUGUGCUGCUUUGUCUUCUUCAUCCCGCUUCUCAUCAUCUUCUACUGCUACCUCUUUAUGUUUCUGGCAGUCAGGAAUACCAGCAGGGAGGUGGAGAGACUGGGCACCCAGGUGAGGAAAUCCACCUUGCUCCAUCAGAAAUCCAUCAGGAGCGAAUGGAAGCUGGCCAAGAUUGCCUUUGUGGUCAUCGUUGUUUAUGUCCUUUCCUGGUCACCGUACGCCUGCGUUACACUCAUUUCAUGGGCUGGGCAUGCCAACAUCUUGUCACCAUACUCCAAGGCUGUUCCAGCUAUUAUAGCAAAAGCCUCCACAAUCUACAACCCUUUCAUCUAUGCCAUCAUUCAUAAUAAAUACAGGAUGACUCUGGCAGAGAAGUUUCCCUGCUUGUGGUUUUUGUCUCCCAUCCCUCGAAAGGAGCGCAUCUCCUCUUCAUCCAUCAGCGAGUCCUCCUUCAGAGACUCCAUCAUCAGUCGCCAGUCCAGCGUGUCCAGGACUCACUUCAUCAGCACAUCCUCCAAAACCACUGACAUGGUUCCGAGAGACGUGGAGAUGGAGCCUAUAGGGGGGAAGUUGGGGGAUUCCUUCAGGAGCAUGUCAUCCUACCGUCAGUCCAGCAGAGGUAGUUCCUGCAGGAGGUCAUCAGAGCGGAAGACCACCCGUAAAGUCGAGAAGCAUCCAUAUACCAUGACUGAGUCAUCCAACAACUGCGACCAUGAACUGGUUUCCAGCACUCUCACCAGCGCCACUCUCCCCCUGCUAGUUCUUACCAGGAGGCGUAGUCGCAGUCUGACCCACAAAGACUCAAAGAGGGACAAAAUCAUUCCUGACAGGCUGCAAGGCUGCAAGAGCAUCUCGGCCGACUCUCUGUGCGUCGGUCGAGCCGCGACCGUCGAGUUGCCGACUUCGGAACAGCAGGGCGUCCCUCGCAUUGUUGUCAUCAGUCCCACGUCCGAGAGCAGACUGGUCCACCAGGACAGCCUCUGUUUGGAGGAGGUGAUGGCAAACAAUGUUUUGGUCAGUCUGAACUUCUCAUCUGAGGUGUUGGAAGCGGUACAGUUGCUAUCCUGAUUUGUUCAAGAACUAUUUCCCCUCUUCUCCACCAAGUUAAGGUUAGGCUAGGGGUUAGUGCCAGGAGUGAAUGUAUGGCCCUUGAAAUUCUCAUCUUAGUAACCAGAUCACUAAGCAGAAAUUGUAGAAAGUCAAAUAUGUGGAACACUACACCACACAUGAACAAAAAAAGGUAAUAAAAGCUGCAGACUGACCAUUAGAAACAAACAAAAGCCAUGAUUCAACAUAUAAUGGCUGACUUCCUGUGUGAUUAACAGCAUAGGGUCUUAAGAUGUUUUUUGUUUUUUUACAUCAGGAUACAUAGUUAAUUUUAUGUCAUCGGAUGACAAUAAAGUAAUUUGCCACUGUCUUGUAAGCCCUCCUUUUCAUAAAAAUGACCUUUUGGAAGAGACAAUUAUAUAUAGUAUAUAAUAUACUUUUGAUGCAAAUUAACUGUGGGUAUAACAAUUUAUGUUGUCACCCUAUUUUGAGCCCAUUGUGUGAAUGCAGUGUAAGAACUCAGAAUUAUUGUCCUUGUAUAGUCAGUAAAUAUGCACAUUUUUAUAUCAUGGCUUUUUUUUUUUUUUGUAAAAUGUAAAGUAUGUUACAUCAAUUCAAUCAAUCAACAAAAAAUCAGACAGUCAAAGAUGUUCAUUCAAUGUAACAAAAUAAGAGAUAGAUAUCUUAUUUAUUAGCUGAGUCCACUUUGGGAAAAAUGACUUGUUCCACAGUAUUGCUC